AUGAUGAGUGAAAACAUGGAAAUUGAUGUUUCACGUCGAAACACUCGUUUGAUUAUUCCUGAUUCUAAUGAGCCAGAUAUCUUCACUCCUAUUGUUGGUUAUGCUCAAGAACCAAUUGUUUCACUGAUUGAUGCAUGCAUUCCAUUGAUUCCUAUUAUCCAUAAUAUAUUAACAUAUGGUUCAGCUGCUCUAAAUCAUACUCCAAACUUUCCAUCUAAUAAUCUAACUCGUGAUGAAUCAGCUUCAAUUUGCCUUUAUUCAAUGGAAUGGAAUGGUACAGAAAGAAGUCUUUACUCUAUUCUUAAUGAAACACUGAACAAAACUAAUCGUGAAGGUUUACGACCAUGGUUCAAAUACCUUAAACUUUUUCUUUCUGCAGUGGCAAAAAUACGGUGUGAACCUGGGCGUAUUGUUUGGCGUGGUAUAAAAAAAAAUGUUAGUCAUAAUUUUCCUCGAGGAACUCGUGUGACAUGGUGGGCUUUUUCAUCCUGUACGGUAACACUUGCUGUUCUAGAAAAUAAUCUCUAUUUGGGUGAUGAAGGUCCGAGAACUCUCUUUUCUAUUGAGACUCUCAAUGCUAGAAAUAUACGAGACCAUUCAUAUUAUGCUAAUGAAGAUGAAAUUCUUUUACUACCAGGUACAUACAUGGAAGUUCGAUCAAAAUUGAAUCCAGCAUCUGAUCUACAUAUUAUUCAUUUGAAACAAAUUGUACCAGAUCAAUUGUUACUCGAACCUCCUUUUGAAGGUAAAUUGAACACUUUAAAUAUAAUAAAAAUAGAAUGA